UAUAUCCGCUUUUGAUGCAAGCUGAGUUAUACUGAAAUAUAUAAUUUGGACUUUAAAUCCGUUUUUGUCGUUUAUAAACAACGAUUAUGAUUAAUCUUAUUUCUGCGUAUGUUUGGUGUAGCACAUUUCUUUUGAUACGGGUGACUGGUGCAGGAAAUUGUCCAAAGAGAAUCAAUGUAGACGGUUCACCAGAAUGCUGCGUAGACUACUACAAUGUUGGAAACGAGUGUAGAGAGUGUCCCCCUGGGUAUUACGGGGAUAACUGUUCCAGACCAUGUCCGACACCACUAUAUGGAAUUAGAUGCACUCUGAACUGUGACAAUUGUUCAAACUGUAAUCAUAUAUAUGGCUGUGGAGACGCUACAGAGGUGGACACAAAUACAGUAGACAAUUUUAUAUCCCCAGAGUCUACGGUGAAAGUUACAGAAAAUGCAACGCAUGAAGGAAAUGGUAACGAGACGUCUGAGUUUCACAUCAAUGUUAUUUUUACAGCAAUUGUGAUAACAUCCGGGACACUAAUAUCCUUGGUGAUACUGCUUAUGGUUAUAGGUGAAAUAUGUAGAUACAAGAAAUGUUCAGGUCUUAGGAAUGCAAAUACAGUGUCGUAUGGAACGGACGAAGUAAACGACAAUUAUGCAGAAAUUAAUGAGUUGAUGGCUGAUGUAGUUUUACUCGAGGAUAACGAGAUUACAGGUUCAAAAGAAUGUAUCAGUAAUGUACAUCCACCUUUCACUGAGAUAGAGGAAAUCGGAUGUGAAGAAUAUGUCUACAGCACUGUAUGCAAAGAAAAAGUUCUUCCAAAGGAUACAAUCAGACCACAACUUAAUGUGAACAGUGGUCAAAAUAGCAAAGAGAAGAACAAGCAGGAAUCGGAUUUUGACUUACAAAGCAAUACAAGCACUGUGAACUGUUUUGGAUUGAGGAAUUUGAGUGAUAGUUUUGACAUCCUUUAUGUUGCUGAUGUUUAUGUAAAUGAAAAAACUGAAUUGACGUAUUUCUGAUAUUUCAUGGAAAUUAAACCUUGUUUAAAUAUCUUAACAAGUUUAUGAAAUGAUUCAAACUUUAGGGCACUUGGGAAAUAUAAACUAUAGUGGAAAAACUUAGUGUCAAGAACUGAUUAGAUCUUACACCUUUCAUUGUUUUGACAGUUGCUGGAAAAUAUAAAUAUCUUUGACUGACGGAAUUAUAUAUGCUGAUGCACAUUCACAUUGAUUGACUUUGGUACUGUUAAUAGACAGUCUCUGCUUCAUUCAUCAUUAGAAACUGGCCGAAAAGGAAUUGUUGAAUGAUUUAUUAGACAGGGAAACGAAGGUUGAUCUCAUAUCUCCGACUAAAUCGGCAUGUAUCAAAAGGUAGAAGGGAGUGGGGGUCAAAAAUAUACGAUCCUCUACCAUGCGGACUUCGGACGUGGUUUGAGACAAUGAAUAUGAUUUAUUAUUCAAACUUUUUUCCUUUACGUAAAUACUAAUGCAUUGAAAGAUUUGUUAUAUAAAGAUAAUUGUCAGGAACCUGUAUAUAUAUUUUUUUCGAAUAAAGAGUUUAAAUAGAUGCAAGUGUAUAUGCUAAAAUAUUGAAUAUAAUACCGACAAGAUUAUUUUUUGUUAGGUUUUUCAUGGUGUCAGUGUCAACUCUUGUGUAGAACUUAUCACAUUGAUUGUAAAUCUUAUCACAUCCUAUAAGGUUCACAUUCGGUCCCAAUGU